AUGGGGAAUCAAGUACAACCAGUUCAUUAUGACAGCUCUACUGUCAAUCAAUUAUCUAAAGAUUUGGUAAAAUAUAUUGUUCUUGGAGGUUUAAAAGGUGCAGCAAUAGGUAUUAGUACUGCGUUCUUGCUACGACGCUAUUCGACUUUGUACAGAACCUCUAGAAUCCAAGUUAGAACAUUUUAUCAUAUUGCUUGGAUUUCUUAUUGUGCGUAUUUUACAGCUGAUGGACAUUUGAUUACAUUCCAAAAAAAGUACUUUGAUGAUGAGUUAAAGAGAAGAAAAACUUUAUUGGAUGAAGCUGCUGAAAAGGGUGUGUUCUUGGAGGAAGAAGAUGUAGUUAGAAGUACAAUUCCACAGCCAAAUAGAUCGUAA